CAGCGGCGCUCUGCCUGUGGUGCACUGCAUACCAGAGCCGGAGGAUACAUGCCUGCAUUUCAAUCGUGUGGUGGAGCAGCGAGCAGCAGCAGCAGGACCGCACAACCGGCUCUCUCUAGCGGGACUAGAACUAGGACCAGGACUAGAACCAGGAGGAGCUUCCCCCGCGUGACACCAGCUGUCCACAUUGCCCUAUACGUAGUCCACCCCCACCAGGUUAGACAUGUCUCAGCGCAGCGGGCAGGAGGACCCUGAGCGGUACCUAUUUGUGGACAGGGCCGUGGUCUACAACCCUGCCACGCAGGCCGACUGGACCGCCAAGAAGCUGGUGUGGGUGCCAUCCGAGCGCCAUGGGUUCGAGGCUGCUAGCAUCAGGGAGGAGAGAGGCGAGGAGGUCAUGGUGGAGCUAUCCGAGAACGGCAAGAAGGUUCUCAUCAGCAAGGAUGAUAUCCAGAAGAUGAACCCGCCCAAGUUCAGCAAAGUGGAGGACAUGGCGGAGCUCACCUGUCUGAAUGAAGCCUCGGUGCUGUACAACCUGAAGGACCGCUACUACUCAGGACUGAUCUAUACAUACUCGGGCCUGUUCUGCGUGGUCAUCAACCCGUACAAGAACCUGCCCAUCUACUCUGAGAACAUUAUCGAGAUGUACAGAGGGAAGAAACGACAUGAGAUACCUCCUCACAUCUAUGCCAUCUCUGAGUCUGCCUACCGCUGUAUGCUGCAAGACCGCGAAGACCAGUCUAUUCUCUGCACAGGUGAAUCGGGCGCCGGCAAAACAGAGAACACCAAGAAAGUCAUCCAGUACCUGGCCUAUGUGGCCUCCUCACACAAGGGACGCAAAGACCACAACAUCCCUCCCGACUCUCCCAAAGCAUUCAAACUGCAGGGGGAGUUGGAGCGCCAGUUGCUGCAAGCGAACCCAAUCCUGGAGUCCUUUGGAAAUGCCAAGACAGUGAAGAAUGACAACUCGUCUCGCUUUGGGAAGUUCAUCAGGAUUAACUUUGACGUUGCUGGAUACAUUGUUGGUGCCAAUAUUGAAACCUACCUUUUGGAGAAGUCCCGAGCCAUCAGACAGGCCAAAGAUGAGAGGACCUUCCACAUCUUCUACAGGCUGCUGGCAGGAGCUGGAGAACAUCUACGAACUGAUCUUCUCCUGGAGGGCUUUAACAACUACCGCUUCCUGUCCAACGGGAACCUGCCCAUCCCGGGGCAGCAGGACAAGGAGAACUUCCAGGAGACCAUGGAGGCCAUGCACAUCAUGGGCUUCUCCCACGAGGAGAUCGUGUGCAUGCUGAAGGUGGUGUCGGCCGUGCUGCAGUUUGGGAACAUCGUGUUUAAGAAGGAGAGGAACACAGACCAGGCCUCCAUGCCUGAAAACACAGUGGCCCAAAAGCUGUGUCAUUUGCUGGGAAUGAAUGUGAUGGAGUUCACACGGGCCAUCCUCACGCCCAGGAUCAAAGUGGGCCGGGACUACGUUCAGAAAGCACAGACCAAAGAGCAGGCUGACUUUGCUGUGGAGGCCCUUGCUAAGGCUACAUACGAGCGCUUGUUCCGCUGGUUGGUUCACCGCAUUAACAAAGCUCUGGACCGAACCAAACGCCAGGGCGCCUCCUUCAUCGGGAUCCUGGACAUCGCCGGGUUUGAGAUCUUCGAGCUGAACUCAUUCGAGCAGCUGUGCAUCAACUACACCAAUGAGAAGCUGCAGCAGCUGUUCAACCACACCAUGUUUGUGCUGGAGCAGGAGGAGUACCAGAGAGAGGGCAUCGACUGGAGCUUCAUCGACUUCGGCCUGGACCUGCAGCCGUGCAUCGAGCUUAUUGAGAGGCCUAACAACCCCCCUGGGAUCCUGGCCCUGCUGGAUGAGGAGUGCUGGUUUCCUAAGGCCACAGACAAAACGUUUGUGGACAAAGUUCUCCAGGAGCAGGGCACGCACUCCAAAUUCCAGAAGCCCCGGCAGCUCAAAGACAGGGCUGACUUCUGCAUUAUUCACUAUGCUGGCAAGGUGGACUAUAAAGCAGAUGAGUGGCUUAUGAAGAACAUGGAUCCACUAAACGACAAUGUGGCCACGCUUCUGCACCAGUCUACAGACAAGUUUGUUGCCGAGCUCUGGAAAGAUGUGGACCGUAUCGUGGGUCUAGACCAGGUUGCAGGGAUGAACGAGACGGCCUUCGGAGCGGCCUAUAAGACAAAGAAGGGCAUGUUCCGUACAGUGGGACAGCUGUACAAGGAGCAGCUGUCCAAGCUAAUGGCCACUCUGAGGAACACCAAUCCCAACUUUGUACGCUGCAUCAUCCCCAACCACGAGAAGAGGGCUGGAAAACUCGACCCUCACCUUGUGCUGGACCAGCUCAGGUGUAAUGGUGUGUUGGAGGGCAUUCGCAUCUGCAGACAGGGCUUCCCUAAUCGCAUCGUCUUCCAGGAAUUCAGACAGAGGUAUGAGAUCCUCACCCCGAACUCUAUCCCCAAAGGCUUCAUGGAUGGCAAGCAGGCCUGUGAGAGGAUGAUCCAAGCUUUGGAGCUGGACUGUAACCUGUACCGCAUCGGUCAGAGUAAGAUCUUCUUCAGAGCUGGAGUCCUGGCUCACCUGGAGGAGGAGAGGGACCUUAAGAUCACUGAUAUCAUCAUCUACUUCCAGGCUGUGUGCAGAGGAUACCUGGCACGCAAGUCAUUUGCCAAGAAGCAGCAACAGCUGAGUGCACUCAAAGUGCUCCAGAGGAACUGUGCGGCCUACCUCAAACUGCGCCACUGGCAGUGGUGGAGGCUCUUCACCAAGGUGAAGCCUCUGCUGCAGGUGACCCGGCAGGAGGAGGAGAUGCAGGCCAAAGACGAGGAGCUGGUCAAAGUGAAGGAGAAGCAGAACAAAGUGGAGGGAGAGCUGGUGGAGAUGGAGAGGAAGCAUCAGCAGUUGGUGGAGGAGAAGAACAUCCUGGCCGAGCAGCUCCAGGCCGAGACAGAACUGUUUGCUGAGGCUGAGGAGAUGAGAGCUCGACUGGCCAACAAGAAGCAGGAGCUCGAGGAGAUCCUUCAUGACCUGGAGUCCAGACUGGAGGAGGAGGAAGAGAGGAGCCAGGGCCUACAGAAUGAGAAGAAGAAGAUGCAGUCUCACAUACAGGACCUGGAGGAGCAGUUGGAUGAGGAGGAGGGUGCCAGGCAGAAGCUUCAGCUGGAGAAAGUGAGCGCUGAGGCCAAGAUGAAGAAGUACGAGGAAGACAUCCUGCUGCUGGAGGACCAGAACUCCAAAUUCAUCAAGGAAAAGAAGCUUCUAGAAGAUCGCAUCAAUGAGGUGACGUCCAUGUUGACUGAAGAGGAGGAGAAGGCAAAGAACCUGGGGAAGGCCCGCAACAAGCAGGAGAUGAUGAUUGCAGAGCUUGAAGAGCGUCUGAAGAAGGAGGAGAAGACACGACAGGAGCUAGAGAAGGCCAAGAGGAAACUGGAUGGAGAGACGUCGGACUUCCAGGACCAGAUUGGAGAGCUGCAGACACAGAUCGAAGAGCUCAAAGGACAGCUGGGAAAGAAAGAGGAGGAGCAGCAGAUGAUUCAGGCCAGAGGUGAGGAGGAGGUGAGCCACAAGAACAACGCUCUGAAGCAGGUGAGGGAGCUGCAGGCCCAGCUGUCCGAGUUGCAGGAGGACCUGGAGACAGAGAAACAGGCCCGAAGUAAAGCGGAGAAACUGAAGAGAGACCUGAGUGAGGAGCUGGAGGCCCUGAAGACUGAGCUGGAGGACACACUGGACACUACAGCCGCACAGCAGGAGCUCAGGACUAAACGUGAGCAGGAGGUGGCUGAGCUAAAGAAGGCCAUUGAAGAGGAGACCAAAAACCAUGAAGCCCAGAUCCAGGACAUGAGACAAAGACAUGCUGCUGCUUUGGAAGAAGUGUCGGAGCAACUGGAACAGGCCAAGAGGUUCAAAGCCAACCUGGAGAAGACCAAGCAGAGCCAGGAGACGGCCAACAAGGAGCUGUGUGCGGAGGUGAAGAGUCUGCAGCAGGCCAAAGGGGAGUCUGAGCACAAGAGGAAGAAGCUGGAGGGACAGCUACAGGAGGUGAUGGCCCGCACCGCAGAGGGGGAGAAGGCCAAGGGAGAACUGGUUGAGAAGAACCACAAACUACAGACGGAGUUAGACAACGUGUCGGCCCUGCUAGAGGAUGCAGAGAGGAAGGGCAUUAAGAUGGCCAAGGACGUAGCUGGGCUGGAGAGUCAGCUACAGGACACUCAGGAGCUGCUGCAGGAGGAGACUCGUCAGAAGCUGAACCUGAGCAGUCGUGUGCGUCAGCUGGAGGAGGAGAAGAACGCUCUGCAGGAACAACAAGAGGAGGAGGAGGAGGCCCGCAAGAACCUGGACAAGCAAGUGCUGUCACUGCAGGCUCAGCUGUGUGAGAGUAAGAAGAAGCUUGAAGACGAUGCGGGUACCAUUGAGGCUUUGGAGGAGUGUAAGAAGAAGCUGCAGAAGGAGCUGGAGCUGUCAGCCCUGCGCCUGGAGGAGAAAACUAUGGCCUUUGAGAAGAUGGAGAAGACCAAGACACGCCUACAACAAGAGCUAGAUGACCUGACUGUGGACUUGGACCAUCAGAGACAGAUCGUGUCCAACCUGGAGAAGAAGCAAAAGAAGUUUGACCAGAUGCUGGCUGAGGAGAAGAACAUCUCGGCGCGGUAUGCAGAGGAGAGGGACCGUGCUGAGGCUGAGGCCAGAGAGAAGGAGACCAAAGCCCUUUCUCUGACCCGAGCUCUGGACGAGGCUCUAGAGGCUAAGGAUGAGCUAGAGAGGCAAAACAAGCAGUUGAGGGCCGACAUGGAGGACCUGAUGAGCUCCAAGGACGACGUGGGCAAGAACGUGCACGAGUUGGAGAAGUCUAAGCGCACCCUGGAGCAGCAGCUGGAGGAGAUGAAGACCCAGCUGGAGGAGUUAGAAGAUGAGCUCCAGGCCACAGAGGACGCUAAGCUCAGACUGGAGGUCAACAUGCAGGCUCUGAAGGCCCAGUAUGAGAGGGACCUACAGGGGAGGGACGAGCAGAGCGAUGACAAGAAGAGGGCACUGCUCAAACAGGUGCGGGAGAUGGAGGCAGAGUUGGAGGAUGAGAGGAAGCAGAAGGCUCUGGCUGUAGCAACUAAGAAGAAGCUUGAGCUGGAUCUAAAGGAUGUGGAGGGACAUAUCCAAGGAGCCACCAAAGCCCGCGAUGAGGCCAUCAAACAGCUGCGUAAAAUACAGGCCCAGCUUAAGGACUACCAGAGGGAGCUGGAGGACACCAGAGCUUCUCGAGAUGAUAUCUUCUCAAUGGCCAAGGAGAACGAGAAGAAGCUUAAGAGCCUGGAGGCUGAGAUUGUGCAGCUACAUGAGGACCUGGCAGCGUCUGAACGAGGCAGACGCCAUGCAGAGCAGGAGAGAGACGAGCUGCAGGACGACAUCUCCAACAGCACCUCCGGAAAGUCUGCUCUGCUGGAGGAGAAGCGGCGUCUGGAGGCUCGGAUUGCUCAGUUGGAAGAGGAGCUGGACGAGGAGCAGGGAAACAUGGAGCUGCUCAACGACCGCUUCAGGAAGACAGCCCUGCAGGUGGACUCCCUGACCACAGAGCUGAGUGCAGAGCGCAGUAGUGCCCAGAAGAGCGAGAAUGCCCGGCAGCAGCUAGAGAGGCAAAACAAGGAACUGAGGGCCAAACUGGGCGAGUUGGAGGGGGCCGUCAAGAGCCGCUUUAAGGCCUCCAUCACUGCUCUGGAGGUGAAGAUUGGACAGAUGGAAGAGCAGCUGGAGCAGGAGGCCAAGGAGAGAGCUGCAGCGAACAAGCUAGUGAGGAGAUCUGAUAAGAGACUGAAGGAAGUGUGCAUGCAGGUGGAGGAUGAGCGUCGCCAUGGAGACCAGUACAAGGAGCAGCUGGAGAAAGCCAACUCUCGGAUGAAGCAGCUGAAGAGGCAGCUGGAGGAGGCCGAGGAGGAGGCCACUCGAGCCAACGCCUCCAGGAGGAAACUGCAGAGAGAGCUGGACGACGCCACAGAGGCCAGUGAGGGGCUGAGCAGAGAAGUGCACACGCUCAAGAACAGGCUCAGACGUGGAGGCCCCAUCUCUUUCUCCAGUGGUCGCUCUGGGCGUCGGCAGCUGCAGGUGGAGGGCACGUCUCUUGAGCUGCUCUCAGAUGAAGAGCUGGAGAACAAGACUACAGACAGCAACGCUAACGAGACACCUGCCACCCAGCCCAGCCCAGAGUAACUCAUCUUACCCCAGCAAAACCCAACCCAGCCCGGAGUAACUCAUAAUACCCAUACUACAAAUGAGUGACCUACCACAGUCCACUCCGGAGUAUUCAUCCUAUCCCAGAGUGCCCAGUCCAGCUUGUAGGAAAACCCAGCCCACACCGGAGUGAUCCAGCCCACCCAGAGUGACCCAUCCCAACCCAAAGUACAAUCCAGCCCACCUUGGGAUGACCUAGUCUAAUACAUCCCACUCUGGAGUGACCAUUCCCAGCCUGGUGUGACUCAUCCCUUUAUAGAGUGAUCCAGCCAACUCCAACAUGAUCCAACCCACCCCAGAAUGACCCACCCUGAAUUAGAACUCAGCCCACCCCGAAAUAACCAGUCCAACUUGGAGUAAAUGCAGUCCCUCCUAGUGUGACCCAGCCCACCCUGGAGUAACUCAUCCUAUCCCAGAUUGACCCAGCCCUCUCCAGAGUAAAAUCCAGCCCACUCCAGAGUAACAAGUCCAUCUCGGAAUGACCCAGAGUUAACAGUUUCAACCUGGAGUAAAAGCCAGCUCAUACCAUAGUAACCCAUCCCACCUAGCCUUACGCUUCCCUACACUUUUCUGUCCCUCUGCAGCAUGGCCCCAACACCAGCAGUGACAGGAGAACGCAAGCACUUACUGUUGCCUUAAUGUUCAGAUUCAACAUUCAUUUGAGCUUGUCUCCCGCUCAGAGCAUUUCAGUCCUUGUACGGACACAGGACUGAACAUGAAAUGCACAAGUACAGUGUGGAGUGGACCAGCGUUUUACCAGUGUUUUAGCCGUUUAGUCUGAGUGGUACGGUACAGGACCCCAUGGCAUGAUUUGGUAACCUCCAAAGGUGGGAAAUUCAUUAAUAAAGCUUUUAUUAUUUUUUUAUACCAUGGUCAGUAUUGCAUAGCGUGUAUAGAAAUAAUGAAUAAUAUUGGCAGAAAUCAUUUGAUUAAGUGAUUAAGUGUCUCACUCAAGGAAUCAAACAGCAUGCACUGGUCAAAGCUGGGAUUGAACCACCAAUGUCGAGGAUUGUGCCUGAACGCCAAAUCGCUGCUAAUCAAAGGAGACAUUUUUAAUUGUAUGUAGCACAUUUUAGUUUUUAGUUACAUUUUUUUCCCUCAAAAUUAUUUUUAAAGGUGCCAGAUUUUUACUGUCUUUAGAACAUGAAAAACAAAUCUAUUUAAUUUCUAAUGUUUUCCUAACGCAUUCCUAGCAUCCUAAUUAUUUACCGUGAUGAGUCUAUAAGUGCUUCAGAGGACAGAGUGGUAAUGCUAACAACACCUAGCAUGCUAACACCACUUCAGCCUUACUUCCUGGUUCGCGGAGGAUAAAAACACUUUAAUUAUCUGUACCGUGGCAAGACAAAUUUUACUAUGUUAAGUGAAAACAAAUUGGGUACAUCCCCUUUGAACUCACUAUCCCCAUACAGCUAGCUUAGCCAACCCGUACCAUACCACUCCAUAGCUAACGCGUCUCUUUAGCAUUAAACUAUAAACCCAGUGUUAUCAUUUCUUAAUUGUGUAACUGCAUUAUAUUUCGCUUCUGUCUGCUUGGUUAUUCUUGCGUAUGAAUAUAGAAUUAUGGUUACAAUGUUUAGUAUUGGUUUCUAUGACGACUGUAGGUCAUUUUUGACUUGUAACCUUUGCCGCCAUGUUUUCAACCAUGUAUUCUUUUUCCAUAUCAAGCACAGUAUUUUCAUAAACUUUUGCCUAGUUAUAA